AGGGCGCCGAGCCCCCCGCGGCGGGCGAGGAGCGGGCCGUGACGGCGCCGCUCGUGGGGGCCCCCGGCGCCCCCAAGGCGCCCGCCCCCGAGCGGGAGACCUGGACCCGGCAGAUGGACUUCAUCAUGUCGUGCGUGGGCUUCGCCGUGGGGCUGGGCAACGUCUGGCGCUUCCCCUACCUGUGCUACAAGAACGGCGGAGGCGUCUUCCUCAUCCCCUACCUGCUCAUCGUCUUCGUGGGCGGCAUCCCCGUCUUCUUCCUCGAGGUGGCCCUGGGGCAGUUCAUGAAGCAGGGCGGCAUCGCCGCCUGGAACAUCGCCCCCCUCUUCAAGGGUCUGGGCUUGGCCUCCAUGGUGAUUGUCUUCUUCUGCAACUCCUACUACGUCAUGAUCUUGGUGUGGGGGCUCUUCUACCUGGUGCACUCGCUGACGGACACGCUGCCCUGGGCCACGUGCGGCCACGCGUGGAACACGGAGCAGUGCGCCGAGCUCUUCCACCUGGAGCUGUGCCACAACGCCAGCGCCAACGCCAGCGCCUUCAACGUCAGCUGCGCCGACCUGGCCAGCAAGCGCUCGCCCGUCAUUGAGUUCUGGGAGAACAAAGUGCUGCGGCUCUCAGGGGACCUCAGCGAGCCGGGAGAGAUGAACUGGCAGAUGAUCCUCUGCUUGGUCACCACCUGGGUCGUCGUCUACUUCUGCAUCUGGAAGGGCGUCAAGUCCACCGGGAAGAUCGUCUACUUCACGGCGCUCUUCCCUUACGUGGUCCUCAUCCUGCUGCUGGUCCACGGCGUGACGCUGCCCGGGGCGCUGGGCGGCAUCGUCUACUACCUGAAACCCGACUGGUCCAAGCUGGCCGAGGCGCAGGUCUGGAUCGACGCUGGCACCCAGAUCUUCUUCUCCUACGCCAUCGGGCUGGGCGCCCUGACCGCGCUGGGCAGCUACAACCGCUUCCACAACAACUGCUACAGGGAUGCUUACAUCCUGGCCGUGAUCAACAGCUCCACCAGCUUCUUUGCCGGCUUUGUCGUCUUCUCCGUGCUGGGCUUCAUGGCCUCGGAGCAAGGCGUGGAUAUCUCCAAGGUGGCCGAGUCUGGCCCGGGGCUGGCCUUCAUUGCCUACCCCAAAGCCGUGACGCUGAUGCCCUUGUCCCCGCUCUGGGCCACGCUCUUCUUCUUCAUGCUCCUCGUGCUGGGACUUGACAGCCAGUUUGUCGGCGUGGAGGGCUUCAUCACGGGCAUCCUGGACCUCUUCCCCCAGCCGGGGGCCGGCUCGCUGCGCCGGGAGCUCACCGCCGCGCUCUGCUGCCUCGUGUGCUGCCUCAUCGACCUCUCCAUGGUGACGCAGGGUGGCAUGUACGUGUUCCAGCUCUUCGACAACUACUCGGCCAGCGGGAUCACGCUGCUGUGGCAGGCCUUCUGGGAGUGCGUCGUCAUCGCCUGGGUCUACGGCGCUGACCGCUUCAUGGACGACGUGGCCCGCAUGAUCGGCUACCGGCCCCUGCCCUUCAUGAAGUGGUGCUGGGCCGUGGUGACGCCGCUGGUCUGCGUGGGCAUCUUCGUGUUCCACGUGGUGAACUACAAGCCGCUGACGUACAACAAGACGUACGUGUAUCCGUGGUGGGGCGACGCCAUCGGCUGGGUGCUGGCGCUCUCCUCCAUGCUCUGCAUCCCCUGCACCGUCCUCUACAAGCUCCUGCGCUGCAAAGGCUCCCUGCGCGAGCGCUGGCAGCUCCUGACCACGCCGAUCUGGGGCCACCACCACCUGGAGUACCUGACGCCCGAGGCCGAAGCGAAGCUCCUGGCGCCGGAGCCGCCCAAGGAGAAGGCGACGCUCUUCGAGACUGUGAUCUGAGCGCCGCCGGGGGGGUCGCGCCGCUCCCGCCCGCCAUAGCAAUAAUGCCAGCGCCGCCUCCCGCUGCCCGCCGGCUCGCCGCGGGGCACGCCGGCACCCGGCGCGGGGCGCGAGGCUCCCGCUCGCCGCGGGGCAGCCGGCGGGACGGCCCUGCCCCGGCCUCCGUCCGUCCGUCCGUCCGUCCGUCCGCCCGCCCGCGCCCCGCGCCGCCCGGGCAGCGCCUCGCUCACUAACCGCUUCCCGUAGCGUUUGUCUGGUGUAACCCCGACCGCCCCGACAUCUGGCAAUAAAUUGGGAGACCCUGGCACA